GAGAAGAAGAGACUGAGGCGCAGGAGAGCAGAGCGCACGGCCGCCCGCAACAUGAGCGACCCCGGCCCGACCGAGCCUCCGACCGUCCCGGAGCCAGGGAUGACGGUGAAGUUGAAGAGCGGAGAGGAAAGGAAGCCGACCAAACGGGCGCCGGAGACUGAAGAGGAGCAGGAGGAGGAAGAAGCCGCCGCGGCAGCUGUGGCGGCAGGAGAGGCGGAAGAGAAGACCAAGGCAGACAGUGAUCUGCUGCUCUCGGAGACCCCCAAUAAGGACGCUCCGGAGUCCGCCGCCCCCGGACAGCCUUCCAAAGUCCAACAGGAUCAGCACCAUUUCCUGAGGUCCAGCGUCCGACCGCACAGCAAGAGGCAGAGGAAGGAUUCGGGCAGCAAUGGACGGGCCCCCAGCGCCAAGAGCAAAGCACUGGACAGUGCCACCCCAUCCUCACCAAGCUGCUCCACCGGAUUGGCCCCCAGCACCACUAAAGCAUCCGGCCGUAACGUCGCCCCAUCUGCUGCCGAGAAGGAUGAGGGCAGCAAGAAGAAGGUGCGGCGGCAGUGGGAGUCGUGGAGCACCGAGGACAAGAACACCUUCUUCGAGGCUCUCUAUGAGGUGAGUGCAGGCCGAGACUUUGAAGCCAUUCAAAACAACUUUGCCCUCAAGUACAAGAAGAAAGCCAAGCCGGCCAGCAUGGUGAAGAAUAAGGAGCAGGUGCGGCACUUCUACUACAGAACAUGGCACAAGAUCUCCAAGUACAUUGAUUUUAAUAAUGUAUUUUCUUGUGGUCUUAAGAAGUCCUCGCAGGAGCUUUAUGGCCUCAUCUGCUAUGGAGAACUGCGGAAGAAGAUUGGGGGCUGUAUGGAUGAUAAGAAUGCGGCCAAGCUGAAUGAGCUGAUCCAGUUAGGGGCGACGACGGUGCGUUACAAAGGCCGGAACCUGCGGAUUAAGGCUCCGAUGUGCAGAGCACUGAAGAAACUCUGUGACCCGGAAGGAAAGACGGGUCUGAGCGAUGAGGAGGAUCAGAAACCGGUGAGACUGCCUCUAAAAGUACCCAUAGAACUUCAGCCCCGAAACAACCAGGCCUGGGCCCGUGUGCAAAGCCUGGCGCAGAAUCCACGCCUCAGGAUGAUGGUGGAGUUGCACAGAAAGGUCUCCAGUCUUAUUGAAUUUCUCAAGCAGAAAUGGGCUUUGCAGGAAGUUCGCGUUAGGAAAAGCCUGGAUGAUCAUCAGUUAGCAGAUGUGGAGUCUCAGGACUCCAAGGAAGAACUUUAUCUUUUCCCACCGGAAACCUCCCAGUUGUCUUCUUUACCAGGAGUGGCAAGGGUCGUCCAUUCCAAAGCCCAUUGUACCGUCCACUGGCAGGAGUCUGGCAAAUACAAACAGAGCUCUAAGGAUGUUCACUUGCUGCCCCCUGCUCAGAUUCUCGGCAUCCAAACUGGGCAAGGCACGGCUCGGGUACAGCUUAAGUGCCCACGAGGUAAUGCAGAUGCUAAACAAGGAAACAAAGUAGAGGUGCCCAGUAACGCCAUGCCAGAGAAAACCCCGAACGUUGAGAAUGGUUCGAUGGAGAAUGUAUCUUCUGAAGGGGUGUCAAAUGGGCCAAAGACUCCUGAUGAAGCCCCUCCAGAGACUAUGGAUACCUCUGCAGGUGGGGAGAUAUCUAGCGUUCCGCCUCCAGAUGUGGAGGAACUCUCAUUAAAUGACCCCUUGCCCCGUUAUUUAAAGUCCUGCCAAGAUCUUAUUGUUCCGGAAGCGAUUCAGACAGCUGAUAACGUUUCUGCCUGUCCUCCAGCAUCUCCAGAGUCAAACUCCAAACCUCCCGGAGACGUAGAGUCUCCAAGCCGAGAGAAGGUAGAAACACAGGCUCCAACCCCCCACCAGGAUGAUUGCACUACACAAACUUCAGGACUGGACACUCAGGUGAAGGAGCAGAGUGGUUCCUCCAAAGCUCCCAAGGACAACUCUAAUCAGCUCACUGAGCAGCUCCGUCAGGAGGGCUGGAAUCAGCAGACAUCCGAAAAUCUGACACUAGCCGAGGUCUACCUCAUGUUGGGCAAACCAGGCAAGGUACAGUUGGAGUAUGAGUGGAUGGAUUCCAACAGAUCGGAUGACUCUGACUCCCCUUUACAUUACAAACAGAGGCUCCUGAGCUGCCUUCUACGGCUCAUAGCGACAGAGGUGAACCCCAAAACUCCGUCAUCGGCUCCGGACAAGACCUCCAUUGCUACAUCCCCCUUAAAGCUGCCAGGCCAGGACCAGACCCUCACCCCACCUGGUAAAAUCAUCACCCUGGUCUCCCGCAACCCAGACUGCCUGAGGACGCAGCCAGCCCACCUCCAGUCCACCUUCUCUCCCACUUCUAGUACCUCAGGUUUCAGGAAUCUCUCCCGUCCGCUUCUGUUCGGUGGUCCUAUGGGGUCUGUGACGACCAGCAGCGAUGGAGCAGUGUUUGCAGUUCCCACCAUGCUUCCGCCCAACAGCCGCCAUGCCAAGAUUUCCUCGCCAAGCAAGGAGUCUGAAGUAGCGGGUCGCCAGCACUUGGAUGCACUUAGUUCUGACUUUUUCUUACCGAAGCCUAAGAAGCCGAGAAGUCGACACCUGCGGAAACCUUUAGUCGUCCAGAGGACGCUUCUUCCUCGACCGUCCAGCAGUUCUUUACCACAUGUCUGCUCCUUCUCCAUCCUCUCCAACUCUUCAGUAGCAGGGCGAGGCUCCUUCAGACCCAUCCACUCCACCCUCAGUAAAGGUGUGUCUCAGCCCAUUGUUCCAAAAGGAAUGAUCGCUCCAGCCACCAAUUCUUUAGCAAGUGCCAUUGACUUGGCUGCUAAGAGUGCAGGGAUUAUCCCAGGAUCUUCUUUGCCAGUUAUGGAAACGGAUGGCUUGGUGGGAAUUGGUCCCCUUCCAGCGGAUAGUUUCACUGGCACUGUACCAGAGCCUACGAUGGAGACAACCAGUGGUGAUCCCUUACCAGCCGUGACUGUAUGUCCUGAGGUUCCUUUCAUCUCCCUGUCAACCCCCUCAGUGCAAGAAGCAGACCAGCAAUUCCAGCCAUCAACCAUGUUGUCCAUGCCUCCUCUUUCUGAGAAUGCUCUUCAGAACGGUCCCCCGGAGCCAACCGGCUGCACCCCUAGCACUUCAAGCACUUGCUUCUCUCCCCCAAAUGUCUCUGCUCUUCUGGACAUAUCCCUGCCUGGUCCUCCUGAUGAUGUUCUGUCACAAGGGGAGCCAGCGACGCACAUCAGUGACUCGAUCAUCGAGAUCGCCAUAAGCUCUGGGCAGUAUGCCAAACUCAAUGAAAACUCUAAGAGUCUUCCCUCGCCCUCCACGAGUCCUCAUCAGAGUUGGAUUGCAUCUCCUAGCCAUGACCCUCAGUGGUAUCCCAACGACUCCUCCGACUCCUCACUCAGUAGCUUACUCUCGAGCUUUAUCUCUCCGGAGAAGAAUAAGAAGAGCGCCCCAGCAGCUGCAGGGAACCCCAGCGGCACAUCUCUACUUGGCCCCAGCUUGCUGGAUGGGAGCUCUAGAGAUUCAUUUGUAUCUCGUUCUUUGUCGGAUGUUGUUGAGGUGGUUGACUCCCAGCUGGCGUGUCUGAUGAAUGAGAACAGCAUAGAUUACAUAUCUCGCUUCAAUGACUUGGCCCAAGAGCUUUCUGCCACUGACACCACCAGACGGGAACCUUUCUUUGAAGCUGGAGCCUCUGGGAAUGGGCAGCCCAUACGUGACCUGUCUUAAGCCGCGCGGCAGCACAAGCCGCCCUCUAUGUACUGCCCGUAGGAAUCAGUGUGUACCCAUUUUUACCGACCAGCGCUUAUGGAUGUUUGUGGACCUUUCCUGGGCAUUGGAUGAAGAUACCAAGCGUUGUUUUAUAAUGCAGUAUUUAACGUUCAUUGUGAUGAUGUCACAGCGUGUGACAGCUUUCUCUUGUCAUCUGUGAUGGCAGUUCAGGAUGUACAGCUAGUGACUAGGUGCAGUAAGUUCUGAAACUGUUUGAUUACCAUACUCUGGAUGUAUAGGACGGUAACCAAACAUCUGCAGUGACGGCGUAUUUCAGCCGCUUUGUACAUAAGAGCCCGGGUGAUCUCCCCUGGUACGAUCGUCAAGCAAAAUCGCUAAACCACACGAUGCAUUACUCUGCCGAAGAAAAUAAGCCAUAAUGAAUCAGACUUCAUCCGUGGGCUCGGUGCAAAAUAUGCAAUUUCUUUCUGUGUCGUCUUCUGUUUUUUGUUUGUUUUUCCCUCUUUCUUUUCUUUUUUUGUAUUGGGAAGCAGUCUUAUAAGAGAUUUUCCAUGCAGAUAUGGUUCAUGGGAUAGGUGGUAGAGAGGGGCUGCCCACUUGGGACCUCUUUCGGUGAAGGACCUGAAGCAUCCUUUGAAACACCAAUGAAUUUCAGUUGGUUGAGUGUAAACCCUCAUGUUUCCUGCGGGGGCGCUGUGCAUAAAACCAGCAGUUACUGAGUAGCUGCUCUUGGAAUGGAAAUUGUUGGUAUUUUCUAGGAACCAUGUGGUUACAGUUGGAGCUGCAGGGUUGCCGGUGGGAAUCGGUAUGGUCCCCAGCCCUGCAAACUGUGAAUAGGUUAAUCGGCCAUAUUGUAGAAUGGAGAUUGUUCUAGAUUAAUGUGCACUUUUUAUCGUACAGUAACAUUUUUCCUGGUUACCAUGUUCUAAAAGGCGUAGCCUACAAAUGGGCUAUCAAUAUCAGAUCACUGUGGGUCUGGCUCACUGCACCCCAGCCGAUCAGCUAUUUGAAGAGGCCACAGUCCAGCGCUGUCCGUUGUAGAGUGGCGACGCUUGGUAUUGCAGCUGAGUUCCAUGAGCCCUUGAACACGACUGAUCUGCAGAAAGGCCAUGUGAGGCCGAGAAAUAGACCGCAGUUCUUGCCCGAACCUUGUGGCCCCUAUCAACAGCUGCUGAGCCAGGAGUUGGACCUACACCUGAGGAUGGGUCAUCAGUAUUUAAGUCUUGGACAACCCCUUUAAGUGUGUGACACAGGUUCUUUCUUCACUAUAGAGAUGGCCUCUUCCAUGAUGGACCAUAUGUUCUAGAUUCUGAAGGGUCCUCCUUCCAGUUUCUCGCCAUCUCCCACCUGAUUUUACCUUAGAUCUGGAGAUGUGCGUAACGAGCUGGAUUCGCUGCCCACCAUUCUUAUGCAUUUGUCCUAUGGCCCAUUGAAUUCCGUGGUGUGUCCCACCGUGAUACUUGCGCUCAAUUUAAAGACCUCCCCAUUAAAUUAGUCACUGCUGCUUUCCUAGGCACUUCUCAGGUGGGUUCAGAGCAGGGACCCCCAAUCUAUGACGUUCAUGUGCUCUAAUAAAACAUUAGAGGGUUUUCUCUACUACUGUAAUUUGGGUGUUCCCGUUGAGUCUGCAUCGGCACCCCUUGCCCUCCACCCUAAAUCUUUGCACUUUUUUUUUUUUUUUUUUUUUUUUUUUUUAAUACCAAAUAAUUAAAAAAAUUAUUAUUAUUUUUUUUAUUAGGGUUGUCUCGUGAUAUGUCCGGCUGUCAGUUUGUAUAAAGAUGAAUUCCCAUCACAGAAAAUGCUGACCCUUCCCUAGGCUAUGCUAUCACUUUCUAAUCUGACGGCCCUGAGAUUGAAGCGGCCAUUGCACUGCUUUAGCCGUGUGACCCAUUCAGAGUUCCUGCCUGAGCAGCGGCGCCCAUUUAUCUGCAGCGCGGCCCCACGGUAAAGUCCGCUGUGCUGCGGAGGAGUGCAGGAUGCCAGCGGUUACGCCAUGCCAGUCCCCAUGUCUGUCUUCUGUGUUAAUCAGGUUUGGCGCUCUGAACACAUUCUUUUCACACUCUAUCAUGAAUAGUUUAGCCAGUCAUUUGCACUAGUGUGAGGUCUACAGAAAGCUGCUCCAAGGUGGGCACUUCCUUAAAGGGGUUUUCCGGGAGCGGAUAACCCCUAGGGACCUCCCGUGUACCACCGAACAUGAAAAAAAACCUGCUCACCUGUCUGCGGUCUCUCCGCUGCUUCGUUCCUGGCUGAGAUACCCAUUACAGGUGGCACUGCAGGUAUGUUCCUUUCAAGCUGCUGGGACUGGCUGCAGCGGUCACAGGACCGAGCUGUUUCCUGAUCCUGUGGGAAGUGGUCAGGAAAGGAGCAGCGGCAGGACCGCAGACGAGUGGGUGUUUUUUUUUUUUGUUCAGGGGGACAGAGAAGGACGUCAGGGGUUGUCGGAUCCAAGGUGACCCUCUAGAAGGUGAAUUGACACUUAGGGUAGGUUAGUCUUGCCUCCUCUAUGAUUGAUCAUAGAAAAUACCCACAGUGGGAACUCGUGUUGUUGACAGUGUUCGUAUGCAGCAUAUUAGUGCAUAUCUGAUAUCCCCGCGCCCUGAUAGCCAGCAGUGGAGGCCUAAAGAGAGACAAUACCCCUCUAGGACUUGCUGGUAUUAAUGAAUUGAUAUGGGGUAGGCGGGGGUAUCCUCUGUUGAGGAUCUUCAUCUUUUGGCCAGAGUAGAGAGCGGUUACAGAGAGCGUAUCUCGCUCUGGAGGACCUGACCAGUCCUGCAUCCCACACGCAAGCCAUUGAUUUGAAUGACCGGUGUGUAAUGCUUAGCUUCUCCUGCUGGUGGCACUGCAGGGAAAUUGAACACCUAGGUUUUUUUUUCCCUCACUGAUGCCUUCCUGAGAAACGGGCACUCA